UUCCCAUUUGCUUUGGUGUAUGACGAGAAUUGAAAAGGAAUAUUGUAUUAUAUAUAUAUAUAUAUGUAACUAACUGCGGAGAAAAUGUGAUUCUUUCUUCCAUUCCUCUGAAGACCACUGAGGUGACACAACAUAAUAUAUAUAAUCAACCCUCCAGUCUCCACCCCAUCCAUAUCUAUCACUCCUCAAACUUUCAGAAGCACAAAACCUUGAAAGCUAUGGCUCAACAGGAAGAUGGGUGGCCACUGGGGCUACAGCCACUUAGCUUGAGGGUUGGGCUUGUGAGGAACAAUGGUUCAGUCUCCUUCAACACUUUGCUCACUGCCUCUCCUUCAUCCUCUACUGAUUCUUCAUCUGAUCUUGAUACUCAGUCCACAGGCUCUUUCUUCCAUGACAAGAGCAUUGCCCUUGGAAGCCUUCUGGGCAUUUCAAGCAUCUUAGAGUUCUCAAGAAGAUCAACAAGAGGAAGGGCAGCUGAACCUCUGUCCCUGGGGAACAAAAAGAGCAACAAAUGCAAGAUAUGGCUGUUUUCACUGUGUUCAAAGCUCAGUACUGAUGCAGUGACUGCUAGUAUGAAUGCAGCCACCACUUCCAUGGCAGGCUCUUCUCUUGGCCACUUUCUCGAAGCCGAGAGGAAGGCUUCGGCCAUCAUUUGCAGAGAAGCCGGCGACUUAACCCCAAACCAGCAGUUCAUUGCAGGAAAUGGUGAAGGGAGUGGGCAUGGAACUCUGCUUGUUUCCUGUUUAUGUGGACAUUUGACUCAUUAUUGAGCUUUUUUUUGCAUUCUGGGCUUUGUAAAUUUUCACUUGUAUGAAGAGAGUUUGUAAACCUUUGUUUUCCCCUAAAUCCCCAUAAAGUCAAAUCUUUAAGCAA